AAAAAACACAAAUGGCUUUUAUUCGGUGUAACUGCAACCCUACAUAUGUAACUCUCUGUCACCUUCAUCUGUUAACUGUAGUUCCAUUCGAAUCCGAAGAUCGUUAACUCCAUAAUACUGAUUUGUCGUUGAGACCCCAUACUCACAACACAACCAUGGUGUUCAUCGUGUCACCCAAUCACAAAACCUUCUCCAUAGACCUAAACCCUAACACCACCACUCUUCAUCUCCUCAAACUCGCUAUACAACAAACCCUAACCCUUCCAAUCUCCCACCAGCGCCUCUUCCUCUCCCACAGUCGCCGAUUAACCGCCGACAAUGACGGUUCCGACGAUUCCUUUCUUAUCUCCGAUCUCGGCGUCGGACCCUACUCAACCCUAACCCUCCACGUCCCCUUCCUCGGCGGCACCAACCCUCCGGCGGUGCCCAAACCGCGCUUCGACUUCCUCAACUCCAAGCCGCCUCCGAAUUACGUCGCCGGUCUCGGCCGUGGCGCCACCGGCUUCACCACGCGGUCCGAUAUCGGUCCGGCCCGCGCCGCGCCCGAUCUUCCGGACCGGUCCGCCACCACCAUCGGCGGCACCUCCGGCGCCGGACGUGGCCGCGGGAAGCCCGGGGAGGAUGAGGACGACGACGAGGGCGAGGACAAGGGAUACGAUGAGAAUCAGAAGUUUGAUGAGUUCGAAGGGAACGACGUCGGUUUAUUCGCUUCGGCGGAAUACGAUGAAGAUGACAAAGAAGCAGAUGCGGUUUGGGAAGCAAUUGAUAAGAGGAUGGAUUCGCGGAGGAAGGAUAGGAGGGAAGCGAGGUUGAAGCAGGAGAUUGAGAAAUACCGCGCUUCGAACCCUAAAAUCACUGAGCAAUUCGCUGAUUUGAAGAGGAGAUUGUAUACUCUUUCUCCUGAUGAUUGGCAGAGUCUUGAGAAGUUCGAGAGUGGGGGGUAUUCGUCGAGGAACAAGAAGAAGAGGUUUGAGAGUUUUGUGCCUGUGCCUGAUACACUUUUGGAGAAGGCAAGGCAAGAGCAAGAGCAUGUGACAGCAUUGGAUCCUAAGAGUAGGGCUGCUAAUGGGACUGAGACUCCUUGGGCACAAACCCCGGUUACUGAUUUGACUGCUGUUGGUGAGGGUAGAGGAACUGUGUUGUCUUUGAAGUUGGAUAGGUUGUCGGAUUCGGUUUCCGGGAUGACCAAUGUCGAUCCUAAAGGGUACUUGACUGUGCUUAAUAGUAUGAAGAUUACUAGUGAUGCUGAGAUUUCGGAUUUCAAGAAGGCUAGGUUGCUGCUCAAGAGUGUUACGCAGACGAAUCCGAAGCACCCACCGGGUUGGAUUGCGGCUGCGAGGCUGGAGGAGUUGGCGGGGAAGCUGCAGGUGGCAAGGCAGUUGAUACAAAAAGGGUGUGAGGAGUGUCCCAAAAAUGAGGAUGUGUGGCUGGAGGCUUGUAGGCUGGCGAAUCCGGAUGAGGCGAAGGCGGUGAUUGCGCGGGGUGUCAAGUCCAUUCCCAAUUCGGUGAAGUUGUGGAUGCAGGCUUCGAAGUUGGAGAAUGAUGAUGCGAAUAGGAGUAGGGUUUUGAGGAAGGGGUUGGAGCACAUUCCUGAUUCUGUUAGGCUGUGGAAGGCUGUUGUGGAGCUUGCUAAUGAGGAGGAUGCUAGGCUUUUGCUUCACAGGGCUGUGGAGUGUUGUCCUUUGCAUGUUGAACUGUGGCUUGCGCUUGCGAGGUUGGAGACUUAUGACAAUGCUAAGAAGGUUCUUAAUAGGGCGAGGGAGAGGCUGUCCAAGGAGCCAGCUAUAUGGAUAACUGCUGCCAAGUUGGAGGAAGCUAAUGGGAAUACUUCCAUGGUUGGCAAGAUCAUUGAAAGGGGUAUAAGGGCUUUGCAGAGAGAAGGUGUGGUGAUUGAUAGGGAAGCUUGGAUGAAGGAAGCAGAGGCAGCUGAGCGUGCUGGGUCGGUUGUAACUUGCCAAGCAAUAAUUCAUAAUACUAUUGGGGUUGGAGUUGAAGAAGAAGAUAGGAAGAGGACAUGGGUUGCUGAUGCUGAGGAAUGCAAGAAAAGAGGUUCUAUUGAGACUGCCAGAGCUAUAUAUGCUCAUGCCUUGACUGUCUUCUUAACUAAGAAGAGCAUAUGGAUCAAAGCAGCCCAGCUGGAAAAGAGUCAUGGUACCAGGGAAUCUCUUGAUGCAUUACUUCGUAAAGCAGUUACCUACAGACCACAGGCUGAAGUUCUUUGGCUUAUGGGUGCCAAAGAGAAGUGGCUUGCUGGAGAUGUGCCUGCAGCUCGUGCUAUCCUCCAAGAAGCUUAUGCUGCCAUUCCCAAUUCUGAGGAAAUAUGGCUUGCUGCUUUCAAGCUAGAAUUUGAAAACCAUGAACCUGAGAGAGCUAGGAUGCUGUUGGCUAAAGCCAGAGAGAGAGGAGGUACAGAAAGAGUCUGGAUGAAAUCAGCAAUUGUGGAGAGAGAACUGGGGAACAUUGAAGAGGAGAGGAGAUUGUUAGAUGAAGGUCUGAAGCAAUUCCCUUCAUUCUUUAAAUUGUGGUUGAUGCUUGGCCAGCUGGAGGAACAGCUUGCUGAGAAUGCAAAGAGGCUUGAUCAGCCUGAAAAGUGGCUUGAUCACAUGAAUGCAGCUAAGAAAGUCUACGAAUCUGGAUUGAGAAACUGUCCUAAUUGCGUACCACUUUGGCUCUCUCUUGCUAAUCUUGAAGAGGAGAUGAAUGGACUGAGUAAAGCACGUGCAGUUCUCACAAUGGCUCGCAAGAAGAAUCCUCAAAACCCUGAACUCUGGCUUGCUGCUGUUAGAGCGGAAUUGAAGCAUGGAUAUAAGAAAGAAGCUGAUAUUUUGAUGGCAAAAGCAUUGCAGGAGUGUCCUAACAGUGGUAUUCUGUGGGCAGCAUCAAUUGAGAUGGUUCCUCGUCCCCAACGUAAAACCAAGAGCGCGGAUGCCAUCAAGAAAUGUGACCAUGAUCCCCAUGUUAUUGCUGCUGUGGCCAAAUUAUUUUGGCUUGAUAGGAAGGUGGACAAAGCCAGGACUUGGUUGAGUAGGGCUGUGACACUAGCGCCUGAUAUUGGGGAUUUCUGGGCAUUGUUAUACAAAUUUGAACUGCAGCAUGGAACAGAGGAGAACCAGAAGGAUGUACUGAAGAGAUGUAUUGCUGCUGAACCAAAACAUGGAGAGAAAUGGCAAGCAAUCUCAAAGGCUGUUGAGAAUUCUCAUCAACCAACAGAAUCCAUCUUGAAGAAAGUAGUGGUUGCACUUGGGAAAGAAGAGAAUGCGGCUGAGAAUAAUAAACAUUGAUUUUGUGUCAUAAAUGCACAUGUUGUUGCAUACCUUGGUAAUGCUUAAUGAAUCUAUAAGACCCACGACAUCAUCAACAAGGUCAAGUAAUUUUGCUUUUUCUGGCUCUGCCGGAUGCUCAGAAAGUCCAUAGCCUCUGAAAUCAAAGGCAAUAGCCUGGUAGCCAGCACUUGCUGCAGCAAUCAUCUGGUGCCUCCGUACCAUAUUUCUGGGAAUCCAUGUAAGAAAACCACUGCCUUUUGACCUGCACAAGCAGAAUUAUCACUGAAAAUCAAGUUUGAGGAAACUAAUCAAUCCGCAAUAUUCUGAUAUGGGUGUUCAAGGAGUGACCACUUCCAAUCUUAGCUACAUGGAGCUUUAGUCCUUUCACUUUCACGUGACUGUGCUGGAUGCCCUCCAUCUGUUGGGAGUUAGUAGCAGGGUGUUUCGCCGCAGAGUGAGAGAAAAGGGAGAGGAAAUUAUGAUUUGAGGGGAGAAAAUGGUAACGGACAAAUGAAGAACCCUUGCACAUGUUGUGUAUGUGCAGAUACAAACAAAAUGAAUAGAUACUGUUAUCUUAUCAGUGCUAUUUUUUUAAAAAAUAGAUGUUCUUUUGUGCCAUAUGCUUGACAUACAAAGAAUUCAUGUUCAUAUAAUGUGUGUUGUAAUGUUGCAGAGUAAUUCAUUUACUGGAUA